AUAACCCGAAGAUGGAGGCAGCGGGUUCCUCCGAAAGUUUGGUAGCUGUUUAGCGUCACGGCCUCCAAGUGUGGAAAUGUUCGGUGCCUUCUUCAGAGAACAGUCCCUCCAGCCACCAGUUAAUCUCCAUCUUGUGCGGAACUCGAAGGUCAUUGCCCUGUUCACAAGAGCCGGCCACUGGGGCUCUAUCCUGAGCCAGAUGAAUGGAAUCCGCAUCCUUACGCCAGGCUAUGUUUUGCUAACCCGGAUUAUCGAGGGUUUGCUGUGCUACCAGUCACUGAAGAAGGUCGGUGCUCCACGGGGUUCAGUUGGUAGCAAAGCGGCCUUAUCUGCAGACACAGCGGUUUGCGGAAGUUCAGGCGGCGCUGCUGCCGUGCUAGUUGCGGGCCACAGUCGGUCGCUCGGCGGCAUGGAGACAGCGCACGCCCGGCAACAACUUGCAGACCCUGGGCAGGCGCCGCGUCCGGAAGGACGGCCCCUGAUCGAGGACGUCCAGGCGAUGCCGCCGCAAGAGCAUCCGCAGUGGGGCUCCCCGGUGCUGAGACAGGUUCUGGCUGCCGCAGGGCCGAUGGCGGCCAUCACGAGCUCCGGCAUGACAACUGGCUUCUCGGCCGUCCUACUGCCCCAGCUUCAGUCCCCGGACAGUGUAAUCCCUAUCUCUGACAACCAGGCCACCUGGAUCGAUGGCUCCCCUGCUCCUUAUCUUGUGCCUGCUUCUGUGCUACAUGAGCUUCCGUUUCCGUCGCCGACGCAUGGAGGCGCUGGCUGCCAAGUUACCGGGUCCCACGGCCUGGCCACUCAUAGGGAGCGCCCUACAGUUUCUGGGCUCCUCGCACGAUUUAGUCGCCACCAUAUCCCGGAUACUGCACCGCUACCAGACUCCGACCGCCUUCUGGCUCGGACCCCGUCUCUACGUGGCCAUUGCGCGUCCUGCAGACAUCGAGGCUGUGUUGACGAGCCCACACGCGCUGGAGAGGGACCCGGUGUACCGCUUUUUGGAGCCCUGGUUUGGGAACGGCAUCUUUACUGCCCAAGUGUCAACGUGGCGCAUCAACCGGAAACACAUCCUGCCGACCUUCAGCCCGCGAAUCCUGCAAGAUUUUGUGGACGUGUUCAGUGCGCAGGCGCAGAUCCUGGUUCGGAAACUGGCCGAGGAAGUCGGCAAAGGCGCCUUCGAUGUUUCCCACUACGUGAACCUCUGCUCGUUGGACAUUAUAUGCGAGACCGCGAUGGGGCUGAGCAUUGGAGCGCAGGACGGCAACAACUCCGACUAUAUCAGGUCCACAGACAGGCUGUGCCAGAUAACGACUCUCCGUGUCUUCAAACUGUGGCUUCACCCGGACUGGCUCUUCAACCUGACGCCCCUAGGCAGAGAGCAGGCGCGCCAUCUUCGCUGCACACACAACAUGGUCAACGCGGUCGUGCGCAGGAAGAGGCUGGAACAUGGUUUGAACUCGAACGAUGGCAGCACCUCCAGGAAGGUGUUAAUCGACCACUUGCUGGAGCUGACCGGAAAGAGACUGGACGACCAGCAGCUCAAGGACGAGGUCACAACCAUGAUAGCAGCGGGAAAGGACACCACUUCCACCGUGACCAGCUUCGUACUGCUUGUCCUGGCCAUACACCGGGACGAACAGCGGAUGUGGUGCUGCCUGGUGGCAGCUCUGUCGCAAUCUGCAUACAGCACGUGCACAUGGACCCGGAGCACUUCCCGGAGCCACACAAGUUCAAACCGGAGCGCUUCGUGUCGGCCAACAGGCGACAUCCAUUCAGCUACAUUCCCUUCAGCGCUGGCCCUAGGAACUGCAUCGAGAGCAAAUUAUGGAAGACUGAGCAACAGGAAGUUCCUGAGAUGGAACCCUUGUUUGUUGACUGUGGAGGCAAACCCUCUGCUGGGAAUGUGUGCUCAGAGAGCAAGUAUCAUGGGUUCAAACCGGAGCCGCUGUCAGAUGAUUCACGACCAGCAUCUCCACCUGGUCAUGAACAAGCAGUAUUGGCAGCAGUGAAGGUUGAAAUCCAGGAGGAGCCAUGGAACAUCAAGGAAGAGGUUAUGACCCAAGUCACUGAGGAGAAAGAUGGUUUCUGUUACAGAGAUGAUGGGAUGGUGAAUCUACAACAUAUUCUUGAUGGGAGAGAGUGUGAUGUGGAAUGUAGUACGCCUAGUGAAAUUGACUGCUCAGAGAAAACUUCAGUGGCAAUGACAAGUGACAGAAAACUAGAAAAUAAUUGUCAGAAAUCAAAGGGUUAUAAAUGUGAAGUGUGCAGCAAAGUGUUUACAAGAAGCAAUGACCUGAAAAGACACACAAGUACACAUACUGGAGAGAAAAUGUAUACGUGUAACAUAUGCAGUAAAGCAUUGUCACAGUAUCGAUCUCUAGUUCGACACCAGCGCUGUCACACUGGGGAGAAACCGUAUAGAUGUGAUGUAUGCAAUACAGGUUUUGCCCGAAAUGAGGGUUUAGCUGGACAUCGUCGUAUCCACACUGGAGAGAGGCCGUAUACGUGUGACUUGUGCAGUAAACGUUUCUGUCAAGUCGGCCAUCUUUCCAAACACAGACGUAGUCACACGGGAGAGAAGCCAUACGUAUGCGAAAUAUGCAAUAAGCGAUUCUGCCAAAGUGGUCAUCUUGCCAAACAUAGACGAAGUCACACUGGAGAUAAACCGUAUGUUUGUGAUAUAUGCAAUAAGUCUUAUAGGAGUAGAGAUACUAUUGUGAAACAUGGACGCACUCACAUCUGCACCCAGCUGGAAAAACAUGGUGUGUAGAAACACCUUUUGUCUAACUGGGUGCCUUACUCAACACACAGAAAUGUGUGAGAGUAUACAGUUAUUACAGUUGUGUGGGUUGUGAUGUCAUGUAGUCUGAUAGAUUUUAGGACUGUCUUGAAGAAAUGUGCUCCAUCUUCGCAAUAGAACAGUUUGCUCUGAACAUGGUGGCAGCAGUUUCCUUUGAAGCAAUGGUUUUUCUGUACUAUAGUGCAAGGUGUCAUCCCAAGGGGCAGAACCCUUCAUAAUUAAUGUUGUGGGAUGUGGUUGCCUUAGUCCAUGUAUCAAAUUACAAUUAUUUAUUAUUUAAACAUCUAUAACUAUGUCUGUACCACAGUAGAUCUAAACUUUGAUUCCUUAAGGCAUUUUAUGCCUCAACCAUUUAUGUCUUACUGAUAAGACACUCUCUAAAAUGAAAUGUUCAAGAAUCUCUUACUUACAACCUCUUUAUUACAGCCAUCACAACACAACAAAUAUCAAGAUCAGUGCCUAGUUUCGGCUUUUCUACAUGUU